AUGGCGGCCUCUACGUCCAGCGGCGAUGCCGAGGAGCCGUACGAGAACGACGACCUGGAUCCUAUUGAAAACUGGGAGGAUCUGAGCCUGCCGCCUCGCGAGGAUGCUACGGGCGUGUGGGAGCAUGUGUACGAGCACGGCCGGCGCUUCCACCUCUACAAACACGGCCGAUACCCGAUGCCAAAUGACCAGCCAGAGCAGGACCGGGAGAACCUGAAGCACCACAUGAUGCUACUAGCAAUGGAAGACAAGCUGUUCCUCGCCCCGAUCGGGGGCAGCCCGCAAAAGAUUAUCGAUAUCGGCACAGGCACCGACGGAGAUGCUGACGUUGCAGUGGGCGACAAGUUCCCCGGGGCACAGGUGCUGGGCGUCGACCUGUCCCCGAUCCAGCCCGAAUGGAUUCCAGAGAAUGUCCGGUUUGUCAUUGACGACUGCGAGUCCGACUGGGCCAACGGCUCGGGUUGGGACUUUGCCCACUUCCGGGCAAUGGCCAGCUACCUGACCCAUGCGGACCGGGUGAUCGAGAACACGUUCAACCCGAGACACCUGCGGCCGGGCGGAUGGAUCGAGUUCCAGGAGCUGUACGGCCACCCCUACUGCGACGACGGGACCAUGCCAGACAGCGACCCUUUACUCGGUUUCUUCGACCUCUUUCUCGACGGCCUAAAGCUGUUUGGGAUGGACCACGACAAGAUUCGCAGGCUGCGGGGACCGCUUCGUCGCGCCGGCUUGACCAACAUCCAGCUGGUCAAGAAAAAGAUCCCGAUGGGGACGUGGCCGCAGGAUCCAGCCAUGCAGCAACUGGGCCAGUACUUCCGGGCUGUCGUGCUUGGCGGCCUGCUCGGCGUCACAACCCGGCUCCUGGCCGGUCUCAACCUGACCCAGCUCGAGCAGGAGGUGUGGGUAGCCAAGGUCAGGCGCAGCCUCGAGGACGACACAAUCCACCGCUACUUUUACCUGUACGUUUGGUAUGCGCAGAAGCCGGAGGCGCCCGGGAACAGCCCCGAGAAGCGAUUCGGAAGAAACGGCCUCGACCAGGACGGGGUCAUCAUGGCCACGAUGACACACACGGCGACGGAUGUUGAGUUGCAGAAGCCGCAGCAGGAGCAGCAGUCGUCGUCGUUUUCGGCCUCGUCGGUGGUGGCCCGUCGGCUGGCGGCCGGGCUGCUGGCGCACGACCACACGCCGUACGCGUUUGCCUUUACGCCGUUUCUGCAGGCGACAUACCACCACGGGCUGGCGGCAGACCGGUCGAUCUGCAAGGCCUACAGCGCAGGCCACUGUCCGUUGGGUCCGCGCUGUCCAGACCGUCACGUGUCGGCGAGCAGCGGGCACGCGGGCGGUGGUGGCGGACGCGACCGCGAGGGCGGCUUCAACAGCCUCGUCUGCAAGCACUGGCUGCGCGGUCUCUGCAAGAAGGGCGAGGGCUGCGAGUUUCUGCACGAGUACAACCUGCGCAAGAUGCCCGAGUGCAACUUUUUCCUGCGCAACGGCUUCUGCAGCAACGGCGACGAGUGUCUCUACCUGCACAUCGAUCCCCGGAGCAAGCUGCCGCCCUGUCCGGACUAUGACGACCGCGGCUUCUGCGCCCUCGGCCCACGCUGUCCCAAGAAGCACGUCCGCCGCCUGCUCUGUCCCUGCUACCUCGCCGGCUUCUGCCCCAGCGGCCGCGCCUGCAAAGACGGCGCCCACCCCCAUUGGGCUGCUGUCGCCGUCGUGGCUCCUGCUGUCGCCGCGGCCGAGGCUGAGGCUGCCGAGGCUGCCGAGGCUGCCGAGGCUGCUGGCCAAAACCAAAACCAGGACGGCGAGUAUAAUCCCUUUGGCCAUAGCGGCGCCGGUGGCGACGAUGACACCGCCAUGGCUGGCACGCCCGAUGACGACUCCCACCAUCACAACAACUUCCACCACUACCAACAACAACAGCAGCAGCAUGGAGACGGUGACGACGAUCGUGCAGAUCGGUUCGGACAGAACUUCCGCGGCGGGUUCAAGGACAAGUUCGGCAGCGGAGGAGGUCGUGGCACUGGAGGUGGCAGCGGCAGUGGAGGUGGCCGCUGGAGAGGCCGAGGCGGCGGUGGUGGACGGGGAUUUCGAGGCCGAGGCCACUGA